CUUUUGAACUUUCUUUGAUGCUGUUAGCUUUGCUUUUCACGAGUAUCCCGAAGCCCACCUUGCCCCUCCCUCGCUCACCGUGGGGCAGCUGCCGUUAGGAGAUGUGUCCGUGUGGGAUGGGGAGGAGAGGGAUGCGCGCCGGGAAGCGCGGCUGGUGCAUCCUCGCUGCCUGCGGAAACGGUGCCGGUUAUAUAACGCCCUCGCUGGGUAACGAGGUAAAACUCUGUCAACUCUUCUGCAGGAGGUUUCAGAGGGUUUGGGGCUGCUGGCUGGCUAAAGGGAUUAAUUUUUCUCCGUCUCUAUUUACAUGGUGAUAAGAAGUGCUAAUCUCUCUCCAUCAGUCUGGACUGAUGAAUCUGAGGAAUAGAACAGAGCCCUGUGUUGUGUAAACGAACUGAUGGAUGAAGAUGAGAAGGACAGGGCAAAGAGGGCAUCACGCAACAAAUCUGAAAAGAAGAGGAGAGACCAGUUCAAUGUCCUCAUUAAAGAGCUUUGCACGAUGCUGCAGGGCCACGGCCACCCUCUCAAGAUGGACAAGUCCACAAUACUGCAGAGGACCAUUGACUUCUUGCAGAAACAGAAAGAAAUCACAGCACAGACAGAAGCCUGUGAGAUUAGACAAGACUGGAAGCCUUCAUUUCUUAGCAAUGAGGAGUUCACCCAGUUGAUGUUAGAGGCACUAGAUGGCUUUCUCAUUGCUCUUACCACUGAUGGGAUUAUUAUUUAUGUAUCUGAUAGUGUUUCAUCUCUGCUUGGACACUUACCGUCAGAUUUGGUGGACCAAAAUAUAUUAAACUUUCUGCCUGAGCGGGAGCAGAGCGAGGUGUACAAGCUCCUUUCUCCACAUGUGCUCAUGACAGAUCCUGUUGCAGCUGAUUUUCUAAACGUGGAAAAACAAAUAGAGUUUUGCUGCCAUUUAGCAAGAGGCAGCUUAGAUCCAAAUGAACCCCUGAUGUAUGAAUAUGUGAAAUUUGUAGUGGAUUUUAAAUAUUUUACUCAUGUGCCUACACCCUCCUGUAAUGGCUUUGAGUCAGCUAUUGCACGAGCUUUCAGGUCAGCCACGGAGGAGCAGAUUUGCCUUGUAGCAACUGUUCGUCUUGUCACACCACAGUUCUUAAAGGAGCUCUGCAAUGUUGAAGAGCCAUGUGAAGAAUUUACAUCGAGGCAUAGUUUGGAAUGGAAGUUUUUAUUCUUGGACCACAGGGCUCCACCUAUUAUAGGAUAUUUACCCUUUGAGGUUCUGGGAACAUCAGGGUAUGAUUACUACCAUGCAGAUGACCUGGAGCUUCUUGCUAGGUGCCAUGAACACUUGAUGCAGUUUGGAAAGGGAAAGUCCUGUUACUAUCGGUUCCUGACCAAAGGCCAGCAGUGGAUAUGGCUGCAGACACACUACUAUAUCACCUACCACCAGUGGAAUUCCAAACCCGAGUUCAUCGUUUGCACUCACCUGGUUGUUAGUUAUGCGGAGGUUCGAGCUGAAAGAAGGCGAGAUCUUGGCCUUGAAGAGUCAUCAAUUGAACUGGCAUCCUCUUCUCUAAAGAGCCACAGCAGCUACCUGGACGUGGGGCAGUGCGGCAGCAGCCAGGACGCCAGCCGGGAGGGAGUGUCCCUGUCGUCCCACAGCUCCCGGCGCUCCUCGCACACCGCCCUCUCCGACUCGGCCUCCACGUCAUCCAUGCGCCACACGGACACCAGCACACCCACCCGGUCGUCGGUGCCGGGGGGGCAGGCGGAGAAGGCAGCCCUGCGGCUGGCAUCAGCUGGAAGCGCUCAGGCCAUAGCAGCUCCUCAAGCCCCUGGUGAACACCUCCCUCAGCAUCCCGUGGCUCAGCCGGCAGUCCCCUCUCAGCACACGGUGAUGCCAGUGUACCAUUUCCCGACCCAGCUGGGGAUGAUGCAUCAGCUGAAAGAGCAGCUGGAGGAGAGGACUCGCAUACUGCAGGCUGACAUCAAGACACAGCAAGAAGAGCUCCACGUCAUCAAGGAGCAACUCCAGCUAGUGCAGGACUCCAACCUGCAGAUGCUGAUGCAGCAGCCGAUCCCUGUCGUCUUUAACAACGUGCAACACCCGAGCCCCAGGAGGCCACCGGCACCAGGGACGCCCAGGCAGACCACAGCCAAGAAGUCACAACAGCCAGGCCUUAUGAGGACGAAGCACUUCUGCAGCACCCCCCUGCCGUCACCGCGCCAAUUCCUCAGGGACCCCAGCGGCAUAGCCGCCCAGGUACAGCAGCAGCAGCAGCACCUAAUGAGAGGAAACCCUGCCCAGCAAACAUGUCUGCCGGGGCAGACGAGCAUUUCAGUGCCCCUCUACAACAACCCCAUGGUGUUUUCACAAACACAUCCCAUCACAGUGGCUGCACAGAUGACGACUGACAGCAGCGAAAGGCAACCGCAGUCUGACUACAGCCAGGACAGGAGCCUCAGGAUGCUGUUGGAUCAGUCUAUCCAAGCCAUGAUGCCCGCCUCCAACAGCAGCAGCCAGUCUACGCAGAGCAGUGCCAGCAGGCAGCAAGGAAAAUUCGUUGCAGAGCAGCAGAUCUUGCCUCCCCCAAUACAGAUGCAACCAGUUACCUGUAGUACCGUCCGACCUCCAGCCCCAUCACCCGUUUUCUCCCCGUCUCUGAUGAUCCCACACACCAGCUUCACAUCCCACCAGGCAAACACACCAGUUCACCUCCACCAGUGGCCACAGCAACAGGUUCAGCAGCACCGUCUCUACCUUCAGAUGCAAGGUCCUGAGCCGGUGCCUGGGGGUCCAACACAGCGCAUUUUCCAGCCCCCCCACCCCCCACAGCAGAACCCCCUGAGCUACUUCCUCCACCCGCAGCAGCAGAGCCGCCACACACAGGGCCAGGCCUGCAACCUGCCGGACCUGCCCGAGAUGCAGCUGCCCUGAGCGCGAGGGCCAGGACGAAGGGACCACUGAGGCUGCAGCCGCUCGCUCGGCGCCCUGGUGCGCAUGGAGGGGAGGACGACACCGUCAGAGCAUGGGAUGGGUGAGGUCGGGCUCAGCUGGACGGUGGUGGCUGGGGGGAUGGCUCCCACGGCGGGCAGACGGCUCCGGGGAUUUUGCCGGUCCAUAAUGCUGCUCCAGUGGCUGUACGUGCCCUUGCCCAGCACUGCGGUACAACUGGAAGGCGAUGGCUUUCUGGCUGCAGGGAGGUCAGUUACCAGGUCACCACGAAGAUUGCUUUGCAAUGGAGAAAACCCUUUUCCAUUCAGGACUUCAAUGCUGAAAGUCACUGUGAAUUUAAGCCCACCGUUUGGAGCACAUCCACAGACUGUACUGGUCCACAGGAUGCCGUUGGAUUACCAUGUACAUAACUCGUUUCACUGUAGUAGGUCCAUUGUGGGUUUUUUUCCUUUUUUUCUAUACCUCAGUCCCGCAAUUUUUUUGUUUUCCAGGAGAUUGGAUAAUGCUGCUAAUUUACAUAACACCACUUUUGCCUGAAUUUCUUACUGUUGUUAUACCAGCUCACAUCGCAGCUAGUAAGAUAUCUGUCAUGUUUUAUUUUCGUUAACAAGUACAGAUAAAUUUAUAUGGUUUUUAUUCCCUGUAGCCAAAUAUUUGUCAGGUUACAGACAAAGAAUCUUUACUCGUUCUUUUUUUUGGUUGUUCUGUUUCAAGUGAUGUAGUUGUAUGUUUCUAUACAUGAAGACAAAGCAUAGAACAGCAUGUGACAGCAAACUUUGUGGUUUUGCUAGGUCAUGUUUCAAUUUGGCAAACCUGAAACGUAUGAUCACAACGACACAAGCGAUGUUACAAGCCCGUAGGGUCAGCAAUAAAUUGUAUUUUUGUAAAUUGUCACUUUUUAACUAUAAGUUUAUAUUUAUGAAUUGAAAAAAACAGUUUAUUCCUCAGUGGGUGUAUAGUUAAGUGUCCCUACUGUUUGUGUCUUUCCAAAGGAAAAAUGGAGUGUACAUUUCUGAUGUGUUAGUAGCUGAGUACUAACUUUGGGCACAGUUAGAGCCCAGAUGUAGGAGAGGGGUUAGGCCAUUGCUAUAAGUUUUGCAGGAAAAUGGGUAGUUAGGACUAGGUCCAUCUAGCAGCAAAGCUCCAUCUGUCAGUCAGGGCAAGGUUUAGGGGUGAGCUAGUUCAU